AUGAAGCUAGCUCAUAAAAGACCUAUUAGUGAAAAGGAUGUCUGGAAGUUAGACACAUGGGACCAGACUGAGACAUUGAUAAAAAAGUUCCAGACUUGUUGGGUUGAAGAGUCUCAAAGGCCAAAGCCAUGUCUUUUAAGAGCGCUAAACAAUAGUCUUGGGGCAAGGUUUUGGUUGGGAGGAUUUUUUAAGAUUGGCUAUGAUCUUUUUGAACUUGUGGGACCUAUUGUAUUGAGCCACCUCUUGCAGUCAAUGCAACGAGGUGAUCCAGCCUGGAAUGGUUAUGUCUAUGCGUUCUUAAUAUUCCUUGGGAUGUUGUUCACUGCGCUAUGUGAAUCUCGGUAUUUUCAGAAUGUUUUGCGUGUUGGUUUUCGGCUGAGGUCAACUUUGGUGGCUGCUAUAUUUCGUAAAUCCUUGAAACUGACUCAUGAAGGUCGAAAGAACUUCCCAUCAGGGAAGAUAACAAAUAUGAUUACAACAGAUGCCAAUACACUUCAGAAAAUAUGCAAACAACUUCAUGGAUUGUGGUCUGUUCCAUUUCGUAUCACCAUGUCCAUGGUUCUCCUUUACCAACAAUUAGGUGUUGCUUCACUUUUUGGUUCACUAGUGCUUGUUCUCGUGGUUCCCUUACAAACAAUUUUGAUGAGCAAAAUGGGAAAACUAACUAAGGAAGGAUUGCAUAGGACAGACAGAAGAGUCAGCCUCAUGAAUGAAAUCUUGACUACCAUGGAUGUUGUGAACGUUCCAGUUGUCGUGACAUUGGUUUCGUUUAGCACAUUCACCUUGCUUGGUGGAGAUUUGACACCUGCAAAGGCAUUUACGUCACUUUCUUUGUUUCAAUUGUUAAGAUACCCGCUAAACAUGCUUCCUAACUUACUGAGCCAGGUUGUCUUAGUCGCAAUUGUUGGUGGGACUGGGGAAGGAAAAACAUCACUUAUAUCUGCAAUGCUUGGAGAACUGCCUCCUAUGGAGGAUGCAAGUUGUGUUAUAAGAGGAACUGUUGCAUAUGUUCCUCAAGUUUCAUGGAUCUUCAAUGCUACUGUGCGUGACAACAUAUUGUUUGGGUCAGAAUACGAACCUUCACGCUAUUGGAAAGCAAUUGAUGUAACUGCAUUACAACAUGAUCUUGACUUACUUCCAGGCCACGACAUGACUGAGAUAGGUGAAAGAGGAGUCAAUAUUAGUGGUGGGCAGAAGCAAAGAGUUUCCAUGGCUAGGGCUGUCUACUCCAAUUCAGAUAUAUACAUAUUUGAUGACCCUUUAAGUGCUUUAGAUGCUCACGUUGGUCGAAAGGUCUUCGACAGUUGUAUUAAGGAAGAGUUACUAGGAAAAACCAGGGUUCUUGUCACAAACCAGCUACACUUUCUUCCACAAGUGGAUAAAAUUAUUCUUCUUAGUGAAGGUAUGAUUAAAGAGGAGGGAACCUUUGAGGAACUCUCUAAAAAUGGCAAACUGUUCCAGAAGCUGAUGGAAAAUGCAGGGAAAAUGGAAGAGCAAGUAGAAGAAAAAGAGAAUAGUGAAAAUCUGGACUACAAAAGCUCACAACCAGCAGCUACUGGGAAAAACGAGUUGUCACAAAAAGCAGGCUACACAAUGAAAGGGAAAGGAGGGAAGUCUGUACUUAUCAAGCAAGAAGAACGAGAAAGAGGUGUUGUCAGUUGGAAUGUUUUGACGAGCUCAAGCCUCCAUGCAGCCAAAAGACUUCAUGAUGCCAUGCUAGAUUCUAUCCUACGAGCUCCCAUGCUAUUCUUCCACACUAACCCAACUGGGAGAAUAAUCAAUAGGUUUGCGAAGGAUCUCGGUGAAAUAGAUUGUAAUGUUGCCAAUUUUGCCAACAGUUUUCUAAACCAAGCCUGGCAGCUGCUUUCAACUUUUGUGCUGAUAGGCAUUAGUACAUCCCGUGAAGUGAAACGUCUGGAUUCCAUUACCAGGUCUCCAGUUUAUGCACAAUUUGGAGAAGCAUUAAAUGGUUUGCCAAGUAUUCGAGCUUAUAAAGCAUAUGAUUGGAUGGCCAUCAUCAACGGGAAGUCUAUGGACAGUAAUAUCAGAUUUAGUCUUGUGACAGUUAGUUCAGAUGGUUGGCUUGCUGUAAGGUUGGUAACAUUAGGAGGGGUCAUGAUUUGGGUGAUCGCAACAUUUUCUGUUUUGGGGAAUGGAAGAACUGAAAAUCAUGUUGAAUUUGCAUCUAUAAUGGGGCUACUUCUUAGUUAUACUUUGAACAUAACUGAUUUGUUGAGUAGCGUUCUAAGACAAGCUAGCAGUGCUGAAAAUAGCUUAAACUCUGUUGAGCGUGUUGCCACAUAUAUAGAUUUACCCUCUGAAGCUCCAGGCAUAGUCAAAAGCAAUCGUCCUCCUCUUGCUUGGCCUUCAUCAGGAUCAAUUAAAUUCAGGGAUGUUGUUCUACGUUACAGGCCGAAGCUUCCUCCAGUCUUACAUGGUUUGUCCUUUGCAGUCUCACCUAGUGAAAAGCUAGGAAUAGUUGGAAGAACAGGAGCAGGGAAAUCUAGCAUGCUCAAUGCUGUAUUCCGUAUUGUAGAACUGGAAAGAGGAGAAAUCACCAUUGAUGGUUGUGACAUUGCUAAGUUUGGACUCACAGAUUUGAGGAAAGUUCUCAGUAUCAUACCCCAAUCACCAGUUCUCUUCUCAGGAAAUGUGCGAUUUAAUCUCGAUCCAUUUAGGGAGCACAAUGAUGCUGACCUAUGGGAGGCUUUAGAGAGGGCACAUUUAAAGGAUGCCAUUAGAAAUAAUUCUUUUGGUCUGGAUGCUGAGGUUUACGAGGGAGGGGAGAAUUUUAGUGUUGGACAGAGGCAACUACUUAGUCUUGCUCGAGCAUUGCUGCGAAGAUCUAAGAUUCUUGUUCUUGAUGAAGCAACUGCUUCUGUCGAUGUUAGAACAGAUGCUCUUAUCCAGAAAACCAUUCGAGAAGAAUUCAUAUCUUGCACAAUGCUAAUUGUUGCUCACAGACUAAAUACCAUUAUUGACUGCGACAGAAUUCUUGUGCUUGAGGCUGGUCAGGUUUUAGAACAUGCUGCCCCAGAGGAACUGCUAUCAAGUGAAGGAAGCACCUUCUCUAGGAUGGUUCAAAGUACAGGGCCAACAAAUGCACAGUACUUGCAUAGCCUGGUGUUUGAAAGUAAAGAGAACAAGUUGAGUAUAUAA